UCUUUUCAGGUUUUUGGAUGAAUUCUUGCAUUGUUGCCUGCCCAUCUCUUCCUUCAAAUGCUGCCAGGAGAAUCUUGACGUCUUGGUCCAAUCUUUGCUUGGUCCAAUCUGUGACUGACUGUGGACUUGGGGAUUUUUCUUGGUCUGCCCUCUCUUAGGAUCCCUCGUCACUGGAACUGGCUGUGGUUGUGGUGGCUCUAAGGACCCCGCAGAUGGAAAGGAGUGCCUUCUGGAUUGAUCUCCUUAGUGCAGGAGCAGGAACUCUUCCUGGGCCAAGUACCUCGCAGACAUUAGGGCAGGCUUGGGGGAGGCAGGGUCAUGUGGAACAAAAGAAAAAAAAACCUGCAGCAGGAGCUGGAGGGGCCCUGUACUCUGUCCCUGGACAGUCCACCGGGCGGGCACACACUUACCCCUCUGGAUGGAUCCCCUCGGUACAGGAGCAAGAACUCUUCCUGGGCCCUCGCAGACAAUUGGAUAGGCUUGGGGAAGGUAGGGUUGUAUGGAACAAAGAAGCCCCUGCAGUAGGAGCUGAAGGGACCCUGUACUCUGUUCCUGGAUUGUCAGGCCAGGCAGGCACACACUUACCCCUCUGGAUGGAUCUCUUCAAUGCAGGAGCAGGAACUCUUCCUCGGCCAAGGACCUUGCAGAAAAUAGGGCAGGCUUGGGGGAGGCAGGGUUCUGUGGAACAAGGAAGCCCCUGCAGCAGGAGCUGUAGGGGCCCUGUACUCCGUUCGGGACCGGCCAGCUGGGCAGGCACACACUUACCCCUCUGGAUGGAUCUCCACGCUUACCCCUCUGGAUGGAUCUCCUCAGUACAGGAGCGGGGACUCUUGGUGGGCCAAGGACCUCGCAGACAAAAGGGUGGACUUCUGCGGUUGGCUUCUUUCCCAUGGAUGAUUACUUCCCAGUUCUCUUGUAUUUAUCUAUUUUUCACAUGAAAUUUAUUAUUUCCCAUGUUCUCAUGGAUAAUUCCUCUGACUCUCCAGUGUAUGUUUUGCCUCUAAUUUAUUAUCUUCAGUGCUGCAUUAGUGAAAUCAAUUGUGCUAAUUCCAGACUAUCUUGAAAUACACUUAUGUCUACACCAAUUUUAAGAGAGUAUUUUUCUAGUUGCAACAAUCUUGUUGAUGGUGAUUUUUUUUCUAAGCUAAGGGUUGUUCCACAUUCUGCUGGAUUUGAGAUCAUUGUUUAGACACCUGGUUUUAUCCUGUUGCUUGGAUUUUUUUCAUGUGGUUUGACAUGUCUAACAGCUUUCAGUAUUAAUUUUUGUUCUUUCUUUUUGACCCCUCAAUGUGAAAGUCUAGCAAGCUGUCUAUUCAUCGCUUCUGAAAGAGAAACUCGAAGAAGAGAAGCAGUAAGAAAUGACUGAUUCUUCAGUUAAUCUGUCCCAGGAUUCCACUGUGCAGUCAUUUUUCCUUGGGACUCAUUAUAUAACACCAUGUGGAAUACAUCAGUAAAGGUGUCUUGGAGUAUUGACUAAUUGGGUCUGUUGACAUUCCAGGAUGUGACUGUGGACUUCUCCCAGGAGGAGUGGGAAUGCCUAGACUCUGCUCAGAGGACUUUGUACAUUGAUGUGAUGUUGGAAAAUUACAACAACCUGGUCUCUGUGGAGAACGAUUACAUAUGUGAUCCUGUCCAUCAGCAUGUGAAUAAUGAAAAGGAGUCUUCUCCGUGUAAUGAGCUUGACAAAAUGCCUCAUGACCCCUCCACAUGUGCGCCUUACAGAACAAGUGAAACUACAGAAAACUCCAAUGACUACAGAUGCAAUAAUCACAGGGAGGACUCAGUUGACUCUUCAAACCCAGCUAGACAUGAAAGUGUGCACACUGGAGAAAACCCUUGCAAAUCUAAAGACUGCGAGAAAUCCAACAUUACUCAAGAUCAGAGAGUCUGCACAGCAAAGAAAGAGCACAGGCUGGGAGAAUAUGCUGACUCUUUGCUUAAUGCAUUCAGUGUUAUGCAGCAAACAAUCUGUAAUAGAGAGAAAACAUACCAUUGUGAGGAAUGUGGGAAAUACUUCAGUAAUUCCACAAGCCUCUCUGUGCACCAGAGAAUACAUACGGGAAAGAAACCCUACAAGUGCAACGUUUGUGACAAAUCUUUCACCCAGUGUACAAAUCUUAAAACACAUCAAAGAACUCAUACUGGAGAGAGACCUUAUGUAUGCAGAGAAUGUGGAAAGUCAUUUCGUCACUUGUCAGCACUUAAAAGCCAUCAGAAAAUGCAUACAGGAGAGAAGCCUUACAAAUGUGAGGAAUGUGAUAAAUCCUUUACCCAGUGCUCAAGUCUGAAAACGCACCAAAGACUUCAUACUGGGGAGAAACCAUACAAAUGCAGAGAAUGUGAAAAGUCUUUUCCUCAGUCCUCAGCACUCAAAAGCCAUCAGAAAUUGCAUACAGGAGAGAAGCCUUACAAAUGUGAGAAAUGUAACAGAUCCUUUGCCCACUAUUCUAGUUUCAGGAGACAUCAGAAAAUCCAUACUGCUGAGGAACAUUCUGAUUAUGAAGUAUGUGACAAGGUCUUUCGUCAGCUUUCACACUGUAGAAGCCAAUACAGACUGUAUACUGGAGAGGAUCCUUAUAAAUGCAAUGACCAUGACACAGAUUCUUUGCCCACUAUUAAUCAUUUAGAAGGCAUCAUAAAAGUUAUUCUCUAGAGAUAUUGUAUGAAUGCAAAGAUUGUGUUAAGUCAAUUCUUGAAAUAUGACAUCGUAAAAGGCAUUACAGAAUCCGUACUAUAGAGAAACAUUAGAAAUGUGAAGUAUUGUGUCAAAUCUUUUACCUAGGACUCACGUCUUAGAACAUAUCAGAGAAUCGUACUGGAGAGAGAUCUUACAGAUGUAAGGAAUGUGACAAGUCUUUUUUUAGGUGUGUAUAUCUUAGAGCAGAUCAGAAAAUUAGUAUUGGAGAGAAUCCUUAUAAAUGCAAAGACUGAGCCGGGUGGUGGUGG